GCAUCUUCCUCAGGAUGUGGGGCCAGGCAGGGGGCUGGGCCCAGAGUUGGGGCCACUUCCUGUGCUGAAGGAAGUCCUCUUCCAUCCCUGCUGGCACCCUCUGGGAACUCCUGUGGCCUUGAGGUAUUGAGGCCAUGAAGGCCAGAGUAUUGAGACCCGACCUCUGGGUGUUCAGCUCCUCAGGGAUUCUGGAGGAAAUGGGAGGGGCAGGGAGGAAGGUCUCUGGGGACAGGACGUCCUCCCUUUGUCAAGCAGGCAAGACCCAGACCCCAGCAGCCCCAUGGGUUUCCCGGCCCAGCCGAAACAGUCCUCUCUCCAACUCGGCCAGGCUUUGGUGCGACCCUCAUUCUGGGCCCAGGACAAAGCCAAGAUGUGUGAGUGGGAAAGAAGGACCACGGCAGCCCAGGGCUCCAGGACCCUCAGGGCCCAGAGCCCAGCAGCCUGGCCCUGCCAGCACUCAGAGGGGGAGGGGGCUGGGAACCUCUGCCCCAGCCAGACAAGGAAGUGGCCAGGAAAGCGGAAGCAGGCUUUGAUGGUCGUGGAGGGGGCCGGAAGUCAACCCGGGUGGUGGAGGACCAGGCUGGGGACCUGGGUUCCUGUUUUCGCCCCAGGCCCCUGUGAGCAGCCCCCUCCUCCCUCAGGGCAGGAACUGCUGCCACCACCUUGGCCCGCCGGCUGGGCACCAAGAACCUGCACCUCCAAUGCGGCCCGGCCCCUGGAGAGCCAGGCCCGUGGCACGCCCAUGUGGGCUGGCAGCGCGGGGACCCCUCGGCGGGGCCCAGCCCCGACGCCCACAGAUGACCUCUUUGCCCGCAAGCUGCGCCAGCCAGCCCGGCCUCCACUGACCCCGCACACCUUCGAGCCGAGGCCGGCCCGGGGCCCGCUCCUGCGCAGCGGCAGUGAUGCGGGCGAGGCCCGGCCCCCCACGCCAGCCAGCCCCCGGGCCCGGGCCCACAGCCAUGAGGAGGCCAGCCGCCCUGCUGCGGCCCCCACCAGGCUCUUCAUGGACCCACUGGCGCUGCUGGGACUGCCAGCGGAGGAGCCGGAGCCCGCCUUCCCGUCCGUGCCUGAGCCCCGUUGGUUCGCCCACUACGAUGUGCAGAGCCUGCUCUUUGACUGGGUGCCAAGGCCAUGGGGUCUGGGGUCCCACACGGAGGUCGUCCCUGGUACCCCGGCCUCCACCGAGGAUGGGGCCGCCAGCUCGGACCUGCUGCUUGGGGCGCCUGGCUUCGUGAGCGAGCUCGGGGGUGAGGGCGAGCUAGGCCUGGGAGGACCAGUGUCCCCACCUGUGCCCCCCGCGCUGCCCAACGCUGCAGUGUCCGUGCUAGAGGAGCCACAGAACCGAACCUUGGCCUACAGCCUGGAACAUGCAGACCUGGGCGCCGGCUACUACCGCAAGUACUUCUUCGGCAAAGAACACCAGAAUUUCUUUGGCCUGGACGAAGGGCUGGGCCCGGUGGCCGUUAGCCUGCGGCGGGAGGAGAAGGAGAGCAGCGGAGGGGGCACCGUGCACAGCUACCGCAUCAUCGUGCGGACCACGCAGCUCCGGACGCUCCGCGGCACCAUCUCGGAGGAGGCACUGCCACCGGGGCCCCCACGGGGCCUGUCCCCGAGGAAACUUCUGGAGCACGUGGCGCCGCGGCUCAGCCCAACCUGCCUGCGCCUGGGCUCAGCCUCCCCCAAGGUGCCGCGCACGCUGCUCACGCUGGACGAGCAAGUGCUGAGCUUCCAGCGCAAGGUGGGCAUCCUGUACUGCCGGGCGGGCCAGGGCUCCGAGGAGGAGAUGUACAACAACCAGGAGGCAGGGCCGCCCUUCAUGCAGUUCCUCAACCUGCUGGGCGAUGUGGUGCAGCUCAAAGGCUUCGAGAAUUACCGUGCCCAGCUGGACACCAAAACGGACUCCACCGGCACACAUUCCCUCUACACCACAUACCAGGACCAUGAGAUCAUGUUCCACGUAUCCACGAUGCUGCCCUACACCCCCAAUAACCAGCAGCAGCUCCUGAGGAAGCGCCACAUUGGCAACGACAUUGUGACCAUCGUGUUCCAGGAGCCAGGCAGCAAGCCCUUCUGCCCCACCACCAUCCGCUCGCACUUCCAGCACGUGUUCCUGGUGGUGCAGGUGCAUGCGCCCUGCACCCCACACACCUCCUACAGGGUGGCCGUGAGCCGUACCCAGGAUACCCCGGCCUUUGGGCCAUCUCUGCCGGCUGGCGGAGGACCCUUCCCGGCCAACGCUGACUUCCGGGCCUUCCUGCUAGCCAAGGCGCUCAAUGGGGAGCAGGCGGCGGGCCACGCACGCAAGUUUCACUCCAUGGCCACGCGCACGCGCCAGCAGUACCUGCAGGACCUGGCCACCAACGAGGUGACCACGACGUCGCUGGACUCCGCCUCACGCUUCGGCCUGCCGUCGCUGGGCGGGAGGCGGCGGGCGCCCCCUCGGGGCCCAGGCGCUGAGCUGCAGGCGGCAGGCGCCGCGGCGCCCAAGGUCUGCGUCACCGUCCUGCCCCCGGACGACAGCGGCAGGCCGCGCAGGAGCUUUUCGGAGCUGUACACGCUGUCUCUGCAGGAGCCCAGUCGGCGGGGCGCCACUGAGACAGUGCCUGAGGACGCCCCUGGGGUGGCCGGGCUACCGGCCAGAAAGCAGCUCCUGCGUCUGUGCCUGCCCGAUGGCGGAGGCCCUCCAGGGCCCGGGCACCUGGCCGAGGAGAGGACCGAGUUCCUGCACAGCCAGAACUCGCCAUCGCCCCACAGCUCCCUGUCAGACGAGGCCCCCAUCCUACCCAACACCACCCCGGACCUCCUCCUAGCCACCACGGGCAAGCCGUCAGCACCCAGUGCUGGCCGGGAGACACCCCCCACCCAGGAUGAGCCAGCUGCUUCCAGUGGCUGUGAGGAUAAGGGUGACCCAGCCCCGGAGCUGAGGGCCUCCUUCUUGCCACGAACCUUGUCUCUGCGGAACUCCAUCAGCAAGAUCAUGUCAGAGGCGGGCAGCGAGACCCUGGAGGACGAGUGGCAAUCCAUCUCGGAGAUCGCCUCCACAUGCAACACCAUCCUGGAGUCACUGUCUCGAGAGGGACACCCCAUCCCAGAGACUGGAGACUCCAAGGGAACCUCAAAAUCUGAUGCUGAGCCAGAGCCGGGGAGCCUGUCAGAGAAGGUCUCUCACUUGGAGUCCAUGCUCCGGAAGCUGCAGGAGGACCUGCAGAAGGAGAAGGCCGACAAGGCGGCCCUGGAGGAGGAGGUGCGGAACCUGCGGCACAACAACCGGCGGCUGCAGGCCGAGUCGGAGAGCGCGGCCACCCGCCUGCUCAUGGCCUCCAAGCAGCUGGGCGCCCCCGCCACCAACCUGGCCUAACGCGGGUCCAGCCCAGAACUGUCCAGGCCCUGGCGGACACCUGGGCCGCACCGGGCCCUCGGCCCUCCUCAGGAACUUUCUCCCUGUGCGGAGGAUGUGUUUAGCACUGCCCCCACUCCCUGGCCCGUUAUCUGGUGACAGAUUUGCCCCCAUCCUGUCCCUGUUUGUAAAUAUUCUUUAAAGAAAAGGGGACUUAGGGAGUAAAGAAGCCAUUGCCAUUUGUGUGUGUAUGGGGGU